AAUCCACCAGACCAAACGUCAGUAGAAGCCUGGCUGUGGUAACUAGUGGAAACACCAAUCCACCAGACCAAACGUCAGUAGACCGCCUUUACAGCUGCGGCGCUAUGGAGACAUCCGAGACGUAGAGCGAGUCCUUUAGCCAGUAGCGCAUGUUUGUUUCGGCUAGUAGCCAUGGCUCGGUUCGCUGCUCUACUGCUUUUACCGGUUCUCAUUGAAUCGGUAUUGUCAAUUUCUUUCUUUUUACCGGUAAAUUCAAGGAAAUGUUUACGGGAAGAGAUCCACAAAGACGUGCUAGUCACGGGGGAGUAUGAAAUCAGCGAGCAGUCCAACACAAAAACCAACCUGAAGAUCACAGACUCGUCGGGACACACCCUCUACUCAAAGGAAGAUGCAACGAAAGGGAAGUUUGCCUUCACAACAGAGGAUUAUGACAUGUUUGAAGUGUGCUUUGAGAGCAAGUCACCCAUGGGAACUGGGAGGAUCCCUGACCAGCUGGUUAAUCUGGACAUGAAACACGGAGUGGAGGCCAAGAACUAUGAAGAGAUCGCCAAGGUGGAGAAGCUGAAGCCCCUGGAGGUGGAGCUAAGGCGACUGGAGGACCUAUCAGAGUCCAUCGUCAAUGACUUUGCCUACAUGAAGAAGAGGGAGGAGGAGAUGAGAGACACCAACGAGUCCACCAACACACGUGUCCUGUACUUCAGCAUUUUCUCUAUGUGCUGUCUGAUUGGCCUGGCCACCUGGCAGGUCUUCUACCUACGACGCUUCUUCAAGGCAAAGAAGCUCAUCGAGUAGAGAGGCACCACCACUCCGCCCAGGGGGGGAGCAGCCAAUGCUACCCGACCAACCUCCACCCUCCUCGGACUGGCUUCAGCAAAACGGCACCCUGUUCCCUGUAUAGCGACCCUGCUUUUGACCAGAGCCCCAUAGGCUGAAGUUUUGCUGAAGCCCCAUAGACUCUGGUCAAAAGCAGUUCACUAUAAAUAAAUAGGGCACUGUUUGGGACCCAUCCAAUAAUGACAAUCAAAGGGUUGAGCAGAACAACUCUACUAGUUUCGUGGGUGUGGUGGUGAGAGAGCGCCAAGGGUAGCCUAUUCUCUGAAAGACAUAUAUACCUGGGGCUCAUUCAGCAGAGUGAAACAAACAAAACAAAAAAGAGUAGAAUAUACAGAUUUUUAUUCAGAGCGAGAAUGUUCUAUGUGUUACAAUUCUAUCUGCAUCCUGCUGAAUAAGCGCCUGAUGCUUUGAGGAUCGAUUGUCAUUUAAUGUGUACAGUUUGAUUUGGAGUUAUGUUUUAUUUUGUUGGGAUGAAUGGAUGCCCCCUUGAGAGAAUGUCUAUUGCCCUUUUAUAUUGUUGUACAAAGUCUUGGCCAUGCCAAGCGAGCUAUAGGAUAUAGUGUGCUGUACGUCCCAAAUGGCACCCUAUUCCCUAUAUAGUUCACUACUUUUGACCAGGUCCCAUAGGGCUCUGGUCAAAGUAUUGCACUAGGUAAGCAAUAGGGUGACAUUUGGGACGUACCUUAUAUUCUUGAUGCCCUUUUUUUUAAGUGAAGCCUUCUAUGAACAGCAGGCGGAAUGUGGAAUAACUCGGGAGAGAGAAACUAUGGCAACCACUGAACUUCUGUGUUUUGUCAGUUUAAUUAAUUUGAAUACAUGUUUGGUAACUAAAUUUUGACAGGGUCUUUUAGUUUGUUUUGAUAUUGUAAAUGCUAUGUAGUUGCUAUCGCAGGGCAGGUAUUUUUUGGGGGAGAGGGUUUCAUAAAUUAUCAGGGAAUUAAUGGUUGGUUUUCUUUUAAAUGGCACCCUGUUCCAGAUCAAGUGCACGGGGCCCUGGUCAAAAGUAGUGCGCUAUUUAGGGAAUAGGGUGCCAUUUGGGAUGCAGUAAAUAUCAUCUUGAAAACUAGGUCAUUUCUAGGAGAACACUUGUUGCAAGUUCUUCCGUUUUUAAUUGUAUUUUAAGAUGCACAAAAGAUAACAGCCACACAUCUACGUUGCCAUCUGAACGUGUUUUAAGCCAAGUGGUAGUUCGCUGUAUAAAUUACUCCUCUCUUCCUCUUUUGAGAACCCUUGAAUCUGGCUAUUAGAACUUGACCCACACAUACAUGUCAAUCCUUAUUACUAGAAAAAUGGCAGACGACAACAUCAGAACGAGUGCUGAAAAGGAGGAUAGUAGGAUUGUACUGCCAUUGUACAUGCCAGCUUUGCAUCUGUGGUGGUUUUGUAGUAACAUGGAAAAUAUCCUAACUUCCUUGGAUGUGUUCCAUUUUGAGUAGGCUAGUGUAUUUUAAAUUUCAGGGGAAAUUAUUUGCUUCUUUAGCCUGGUCCCAGAUCUGUUUGUUUGACGACAGUGACCAUGGGAGUUGGCAAAGCAAGACAACACAAACAGAUCUGGGACCAGGCUAUUGCUUCUUGUUUUUGGGGAUCGAUUCCAAAUUACAACACUUACAUCCAAGAUCCUAGCCUGGCCAACAUUCUUUUGGAGAUAAUUAUGGGGUUUUGGUUACAUGAGGGUUUGGAGUUAGUUAAAAGAUAUUCCAACUAUUUUUUGUCAUUUUUAUUAACAUACAGUACAUACAAUUUUAACAGUGAACAUUUGCUAUGUUUUCAAUCAAUGAUUUCUGUGUUGAUUGAUAUCAAUUUUGUAAAGGUUUGUGUUGGGCUUUUAUUCAAUAAAAAUAUUGGAUGGAUUUACAAAA